AUGAAGGUAGGAUUAUUGAUAAAUCAAUUGAUAGUGUUAACUUCACUUUAUGGAGCAAGCUUGAAUGGGCAGUUCUUUAGUUCAAGAGAAAUAAAUCAGUUACAAAGCCAUGAAUUAUUUCAUCCAGAAAAGAUAGUCAAUGGGAACAAUUUGCCUAUAAGAUUUGACGUUAGAUUGGAAGGUGGUGAUAAAGAUUAUACAGCUUUAGUCACCAAGGACUAUGAAUUUUCAUUUGAAAAUGUACCAGAAGGGUCUUACCAUCUUACUAUAAAUACCCAUGAUUUCUUAUUAGCUUGUGAUAGAUUCAAGAUCGAAGUAAAUGAAAACACAGUGUUGGCAACAGAUUAUUAUUUAGCUACUGAUACUACUGGAGUCACUACGAAUGUAACUGAAACCCCACUUAAGAUUGAAGUCAUUGACACCCAAGAUUAUUAUGAAUCAAACCAAGGCUCUUUGAAAGAUUUGGUGAUGCAAAGUCCUUUAGGUUUUAUAUUCCGUAACACCAUCUUUACCGUGAUGUUUGUAUUCGUAAUUGUAAUGACAGCUGGUCCAUAUUUACUUCAAUUAGUUGCUCCCGAUGUGGCCAAACGUUUGAAUGAAAUCCAUAGAGAACAAGCUGACAUGAGAAUCGAAGAUAAGGGUAAUCAACCAAAAAUUGAAGAAAUUCCAUCAGGUCAACCAUCAGAAAAGUUAGUAAGACAAAGGAAACGUUAG